CGCGACGGGUGGACGAUGUCCGAUAGUCAAUUUUACAAAAAUAUUUAUUUUUACACCGUUCUGCUUCGAUUUCUUGAAUGAAAAGUUUAUAUUUAGACAGGCAAGACCCGUGGUUAAUAUAGACAGUAGUUUUUAAGUAUUAAAACUGUGAAUAAAUCGUGAUUUUUCUAUUGUUUUGAUGGUUAUUCACCUAUAUUGAUUUAUCGUGUGCCAGUGACCCGUUUCUGGUAUUUGUAAUGUGUAACUCGUAAAUAAUUAAUAAAAUCAUUAGGAGAAGCUUGAAAAAAUCAUAAUAAAUGGGAUUUUAAUUCGUCGACGCGGGUGGGAAGGGGGUGACAUGCAUUUACUAGGGGUAGAAAGUGACUUAGGACUUUUCUGGAUAAUUUCUCUUAUAGCUUGAGCUUAAAACAUUGUUAUAUCGUAAUGGUUGAUGUUUCACUAUGAUGACGCCUACUACAGAUGAGAAGAAAGAUGACAAGAUCCGUACGGGUAUGGUGCACGUGUCAGACGGGAAAUCGCGCCCGCGACCGGCGCGGCUGCGGCUCACGAUGGAGUCUAUCACUGUGCAGCGUCAGCAGCCCAAGCCCGUGCACACCAACAACCACAACAAUGUACCGCACGCACGGGAGCGUAUGGUGCAGAUCACGCGACAGAAAGUCGGCGGCCUCGGGCUCAGCAUCAAGGGUGGCUCCGAGCACAAGCUUCCCAUCCUCAUCUCCAAGAUAUACAAGGACCAGGCUGCCGAUCAGACCGGACAGCUCUUUGUGGGCGACGCUGUAAUUAAAGUGAACGGCGAGUACAUAACAGCGUGCAAACAUGACGACGCUGUCAACAUCCUGCGUAACGCUGGGGACAUUGUAGUACUGACUGUCAAGCACUACCGAGCCGCUACGCCCUUCCUGCAGAAGCAAGCGGGCGAGGCCGGCAGCGCGGCCGCGUCGGACACGGACAGCUCGGGCGCCUCGCCGCACACCGACCACAACUGCAACAACCACGCGCCCGCCAAUACCACCACCACCACCGCCAACCACACCGGACACACCACCACGCCGCCACAGGCGGCGUGGUCGGAAAGCGAGGAGGGCAGCCGGCCCAGCAGCGCGGCGGGCAGCCUGCGCUCGCGGCCCUCGUCCGUGGCCUCCGACCGCCUCGAGCGGCACGACCGACCCGACCGCCCCGACCGCCUCUCAGACAAGCAGGACGCCGACACCGAGUGGGUUGACGUCGUAUCUGUGCCUCUGAUGAUGGCCUACGUGACGCGAUACGUGCUGGGCACGGACAAACUAAGGCCGGGGGCUUUUGAGGUCCGUGGCGCGCGUCCCGAGUUGACAACGGGGGUGGUACACCUGGAGGAGGCGGCUGCAUUGUCGCACUGGCUCAAAGCCAUCUCCGAUAACAUCGUUGGCCUUACUAACCUACAGAUGAAGCUGUUCAACCGGCACCUGGCGGCGGGUGAGCGCAUCGAGUACAUGGGCUGGGUGGUGGAAGGCGUAGUGUUACAUGGGCAGCCGUGGCAACACUACCGACCCAAGUUUCUUGUGCUCAAGGGCACUGACGUCAUGCUGUUUGAUGUGCCGCCCAUGAACAUCACUGAGCUAGCGAAAUGUCCAGAAACCCUCAAAGUAUACCAGACGAUGUUCCGCACGGUGAAGGAGAGCGAGACGGUGGACUGGCGCCAGCACUGUUUCCUGGUGCAGUCCAGCGCCUGCGGGCCCGGCGGGGCGCCCGGCCCGCGGUACUUCAGCGCGGAGACCAGGCAGGAGCUGCUGCGGGUGGAAGCCGCCUGGACGGCCAGCAUCGUCAACUCUGUCAUCAGGCUGGGGAAGAAGACGUUCACGGUGGUGCACGGCGGGCGCGCGGCGGGGCUCACGCUGGACUGGGCGGCCGGGUUCACGCUGAGCGAGGGCAGCGCCGGCGCCGCGCCCGUCUGGGCCUACAGGUUUUCGCAACUAAGGGGGUCGAGUGACGACGGGAAGUCGAAACUAAAACUGCAUUUUCAAGAUGCAGAAACUAAAAUUAUAGAAACCAAGGAGCUGGAGUGUCAGAUCCUGCAAAGCCUGUUGUUCUGCAUGCACGCGUUCCUCACCGCCAAGGUGGCGUCUGUGGACCCCGCCUUCCUCGCCUCCAUACACCAGGCCAACUAGCACCAGCUAGCGGCAUAAUAUAGGUAUACUAUAUCCUGAGUAUGGUAUCACAUUUUGUACUUGAGUCUCUCCUGAGAUACGUGAGGGGCUGUUGAAGGGGCUCCAAUGUUGUCGUCGUCUUGCGCGUUUUAUGUCAGUGACGUUUAUAUCCCAAAGUUUUAUUGUGAUAGGUUAUAAAAUGUGAUUCAGUGAAGUGACCCGUUUUUUCACAUCACAAUGUAUUGUAGGUCGCCUUAAUCGGUUUUCGUAUGUCUAAAUCAUUCUAGCAUUUUAGAGUGAAAAGGCAGGGUAAUAAGGUAUUAUUUCAACUUAGUAAAAUAUAUCCAUCUAUCUAAACUGACUCGUUGUAAUCCUCACAUAUCUCAGGUGAAAUAUUGAACGUAUUUAAAUAAUAUUGCCCCAAAUGGUUAUUUUCUAAGAAAAUGUUUUACCACAGGCCUAUCAUGACUAUUGAACCAAAACAGCGAAUGUUAAAGACUUUAGAUUUUAACGCUCUCUCGUUGUUUCUCCAACAGAUCUAUUUUGAAUCUUAUUCUCUUAGGGUUAGAGCGGUAGAAACGUUGCGAACGGUUUUAUCAUUCCUACCCAAUGUCUUCCUCUUUGACUAUAAUAAUUUAUUCAUUGCCUAAAAUCUAUCGAAUUUUGAAUAUUCUUUCUUUUCUCACGGAAAUUACGAGUAAAUUGAAACAAAUUAUCGACAAAUAAAUCAAAAUAAAUAAUUGUAAGUGUGAACAGUAUUAUUUUGCUCUAGAAAUAAUUAAUUUUAUUUUGUUUGAAUAUUAGUGAAAUGUACCGUAGUUUAAAUAUACAUACGAUCACAUAAUGAAAAUGUUAUUUACUUAAGUUUCUUUUAAAUUUCGGCCGCGAUACAAGAGCAUUUAUUCCAAUUUUUGGCUGGAAUAAUAAAUAUUUAAUAUUGGUAGAGUAAUAAAAGUCGUUUAACCAUCUUUUAACUGUUUUUAUACCAGGUAGCUUUUGUAAUGUUUUCGACUCUGAUUCUCUGUUAGAGUCUCUUUAGCUUGCUUAGAUUAUUUACGAAUGAUAUAUAAAUUAAUUAAUUAAUAGAAAUGUGAUUAGUUGAAGCUAUGCUGAUGUUUCCGUCAGUGCCGCAUUUAAGCAUAGGCUUUAUAGGCUAGGAGCCGCAACCACAAAGGGGCCUCACUACAUAAUAGGCUCUAGCCAUAUAAAAUGUGGGUAUUUAGAAAUCACCCAACAGCUUUCAUGACACGCUAUGCUAGCUAUCUACGCAGCAUAUAGCCGUACUGAAUGGAAAACCAUAACCUAUGGUUGCGAUCCUCAGCAGUGAGGGAACGACAAAGAAGAUCUACAGCAUUUUUUAUGGUCGGUUCUUUGAGUAGGCCCCAAAAAUGAAUAUAAAAUAGAUUAUUAAAGUGGGGCCCCCACUACGGAUGUAGCCUCCGGGCCCCUAGGCCCACAUAGCCUAAAUGCGACGCUGGUUUCCCUCUAACAGAACAACGCCAGAAAUUCAACACUUCUCAAUAUUUUUAGCCAAUCUGUAAUUUUCAGUAUAAUUAUCGUUAAAGUUGUACCAAUACAACACGAAACAUAAUAUUAAUGUGAUAAUAAUUUUGCAUCUCUCUCAGUCUAAACAACAUAUUGCUUGUGUGAAAGAGUGACACGAUUAUUAAAAUUGCGUGUAUAACUAAAACCAAAGAUUUAUCGCAUUCUCAAACAACAUUAUUAAGUUUGUAUGAUAUUAUUCGGAAUAAGUAUUAUUAUAUUUUUGAUUAAAAAGAGGCUAUAUCUAUAACGAAUGUAUGAGAUUAUGAAGCUUGGUCAGAGUAUUAAUGUGUUUACUAUUUGUAUUUUAUUAGCGACGACGAGCAAGUUUGCCUGCUAGAAGUUACAAGAAUGAUGAUGAAGUUAUUAUGUCAAAUUAUAUGAAACGCAAAACAGAAUUAUACUUUUAAGAAUCACACUGUAUACACUAACCACUUAUUUAUGUAACAUGUGAACCAUCUUUAAAAUCUAAAAUGGAUCUUAUAGGUAUAGAAAUAUAUUUAAAGUUUACAUUUUGAGUGUUGCCAUUUUAGAAAAAAGAAAUAUUUAUUAAGCCUGGCAAACUUGCUCCAACUAUAGGAUUAUAGUAAAUUUUUGCGCUUGCAUCAUAUCAUUAAAUUUAAGUGAAAUUUUAUAUAGAAAUCAUAUAAUAUGUUACAGAGUAUCUACAGAUUAAGUUUACCUAUGUUUAUUGAAUUGAUGUUUCAUAUUUUAUAUGGAAAAAAUCUGCCUGAUGCAAAACGGCUGAGAUUAAUAUUAUUAUAUCAAACUAUCGUAGUAGUAAAGUAGAAAUUAUAUACUCAUUAUAUUUUAUUUGUAAUAAGAGUUUUCUUUAUGAAUAAUUGUUAUAUUUAGCUAGUGUUUCUUGUAGGCUCUAAAUUUUUAUCUGGUUUUGUUAGAGAGUAAUGCGCAUUAUCUAGUAAUAAGGGUGGACUGGUGUUAAGAACAGUAUAAUUUCUGUUAUAUCUUGUCAUAAAAUUCUGGUUUUAAAAGAGAUAAUUAUUGUGAAAUUAUUUUGUCAAUUACAAAUCUUCUCAUUCUACACUUAAGUACUAAAACUAUUAAAGAUUAUAUUUUUGCUCUGAAAAUACUCACAUUUGGUAGUAACUCUUCUCCCCAAAUUGGCAACAUUACGAGACUGCUGACUUAUAUUUAUAUUGGCAACACUGAGCCCCCGUGUGCGGUCAUGUGUGUUGCUCAAUGCACGGUUGUUACGCUUCAAAAUGUUGACUGUAAAUUUAGGCUUUUGAUAAUAAAUUAUAAUAUAUUAUUUACUUAUGUCUUAGUGAAGGGAACGCGAAAGAUAUUGUAAUGGUAUCAUUGAUGGUAAAAAUGUAUGAAAAAAGGCCUAUUUACUAAAAACCACUACUGUGUGUGUGUAUGUACCAUACAGUAGACACGUUUUAAGUUUGUAUACAGCCAGUUAUUUUUUAAGACUAUGAAAAUAUUUCCAUGAACACAAUGCACCAUCUCUAUGGGCGAUUGGCUAAUAACCUAUUACAUAAACUAUAUUAUAAUGACACUUGGAAAGUGUGCGCCCGUAUCAACUGAUUUAUACGUACGUUGCGACCAAUAGCCGUGGGACGUAGAUAGCGUAUAAUUCGCGGCGCGGAUGCCGUGUCGCGGCGGGGCCGUAGCCAAGGUGCAAGCACGUAUAAGCACGUUGGUGUACGUACAUACGCCACUGAAUUUCCAACCUCAACUGAUCAUCGCAAUGAAGCGUAUGUUACGUCCUUAUUUUCUAUGCAAUAAUACAAUGACUACACUUCAAAUUACAAUUUAUUUCUUACCCAAUGUGUAUAUAUGGGUGUAAUUGAAAUAUCUAAUUAAUUACUUGUUAGACCUGUAAUGUAUAUGAAAUUAAACAAUUUUACAAUUGCCAUUUUUACGAUAUCAAAUCUGUAAGUAGUAUCCAAUGGGGUAAACAUAAUGUAACCCAUAUUUCGUUAGGCUGGUUUCAGAACAUUGCGUGUGGACGGUAGACGGGGUAGACUCGUGCAGGACCGAGAGAGAAGACUAUGUCGCCCGCUCAUUCGCUCUUAUCUUUGCUACAUUACACGUCAUGAGAUUAGCGGAGCGGACGGUUAUAAAAUCGUUCGUAUAAGUAGGCUAUGUCUUAGAAGUCCACAGUGCUUUAAAAUACGUUCAGUUUAAGGGUGCAGGAAUCUACCGGUCAUUGCGAGGGAGACAGCGAUAAAGCGCCUUCUCUAUCGCUCUCUUGUAACCCACGCUGUUUGAUCGAUUCCAUACCUAUCCGCUCCGGUAAUCUUAUGGCGCGAAAUCUAGCUAAGAUCGGAGUGGCUGAGAGGGAGACACAUUGUCUUUUCUCUCGCUCCUACAAGAGUCUGGUCCGCUUGACUGGGACGUACGUUAAAAUGGUUGAUGGUGACUCUAAUUUAAAGUUCUCAGAUGGGUCAAAAUGGCCAUAUCGAAGCAAGCCAUCUAAAUAGCAAUAUUGCUAUUUGACUUUUGUUUUUUGUUGUUUUAUAUGCACAAAUGUCAAAUAGCAAUAUUGCUUUUUAGAUGAAUUGCAUUCAUGUGGCGUUUUUUAGACCCCCAGGUUCCACGUGUGACGCCGCUCCGGUAGUCCGUACGCACCACAUUUAUGUCCUCCGAAACUAGCCUUUUAGAAUGAGUAAUGUAGAAGUAACGUCAAUGUGUGUAAGUGAAGGAAGGAACCGGAUCAAUCGAUUAGUCAAUUUAGAGAAAAUACUCAAGACUGAGCUUGAUGUUGUGAAGCCGCAGUUUUGUUUGUUUGGGCGCUGUGUUACUUGGUAUUUUAAUAUGAAAAUGGUGCUAAUUCCUGUAAAUACCAUCUAAAUUUAUUUUAAUUUAUAUCUGUCAUUUUCUUAUCCGCCGAAAAGGAAAGGGACGGGUAAUCGACAAGCAUAAAAUUUAUGGAACACACGUCAAUUUUAAGCACAAAUCUAAACCAACCGUCUAAAAAUUUUACAUCCGUCAAUAACCCGACACAGUUAAGUAGACAGCACGUCAAACGGAAUGCAUACCAGCGACGUACCUUUUGAUUCGUCCGGGUUAUUCAUUCAUUUACUCAUUCUUCCUAAAAUUAAGAGCUGUGAAUCAUCCGUCCCUUUCCUUUUCGACGGAUAUGAAAAUGACGGAUAUAACUUAAAAUAAAAUUAGGCGGUGUCUGCAGGAAUCGGGGCCACUGUCUCCCUAAUGCGAUGCAAAAGAUCAGGAGAAUAUUAUCUGUGGUAAAAGCACGCCGGAACACGGUGUCGUGAGCUGAAAGUAGCUAUCACUUCGAAAUAUUUCUACUAAUACGCUAGUUUCCAACUAGUCAAAUCAGUUACUUUUUACUAAACGUCAAAACACGAAAUGACUAUACAAUUUGUAUGAAAAAGCACCCUGUGACGUCAUAGACAAACGUGAUAAAAUGUCGGACGGAUUAUUACGUUUUUCUUGAACUCAUAAAUAGGUUAAAUAGAAACAAGAAAAAUGUUUUCCGUUUGUUUUAGACCUGUCUUUAUUUGGUAAUCAGAAUUUCAAUAAUCAAUUCUUUAAGUCAAUCACAUUCAUGUUCCAUCACGUUGGUCUAACAGAAAGCUCGGUGAGGUGUGGGUACUUAGUUUAUCGUUGUACCUCUGACUACCUCAAUUGGGAUAUACUCGUGAGCUUAUACUAUAAAUCAAUAGGGGGUGUGAUUCCGCAUUAUAUAAAAAUAAUUUUGACUUUCAAUAGGAAGUCAUCAUCAUCAUCACCAGCCCAUUAACGACCCCACUGCUGGGGCACGGGCCUUCCCUACGGAUGGAUAGGGAGAUCGGGCCUUAAACCAUCACGCGGGCCCAGUGCGGAUUGAUGGUUAUUAACGACUGCUAAUGCAGCCGGGACCAACGGCUUAACGUGCCUUCCGAAGCACGGAGGAGCUCGAGAUGAAAACUUUUUUUUGUGGUCAUCCAUCGUAUGACCGGCCUUUGCGAAAGUUGCUUAACUUCAACAAUCGCAGCCCGAGCGCGUUUACCGCUGCGCCACCGAGCUCCUCAAUAGGAAGUCAGUAUACUAUAUUAGUUCUGUGCAGUCGCUCUGAUAUCUCCAUUCUUUUUGCAUCAUAUUAUGAGACAGUUGAAGGCGCAAAGUGAGUUGCUAUUUAUUUAUUUUGCAAAAUAGCAUUAUAUGUCACGCUCACAAGUAGCUAAGUAACACCAAUAUUUAGUUAUCGAGAUUUGUCGCAGGAUUCAAACGUAGAAGUAUUAAUUGUUCCUAUAGCUUAUCCAUUUUUAUGGUCCCUUUACCUAUUUGAACCUUAAAAUAAAGCAAACAUUUUAAAUAUUACUUACCUAAUUGCUUUUGAUUAGCAAGCAAUUAUAUAUCCCUUUAUUUCUCGAACAAUUUCAUUAUUAUUAUCUAUGGAUUUCAAAUCUUUACUUUUCGCUAGAGUGAAGGUAUUCCGAAUCGGAAUUAGAAUUGUUUGUAAAGCACUAUAGACGAUCAAUUGUUAUUGUCAAUCGCUUUAGAUAACGAAGAACUUCAGAUUUUUUUUGAGAUUUUAGACUCCCAACUUACUUCAACAGAAGUUUUCGUCAUCUCUUUUGGCAAUGACAAUUUGUCUAUGGAUAGCUUUACUGUAGAUUAGUGGCGAGUUUUUACUAUUGAGUUGAAGUGUGGCGAGUGUAUAUAAUAUUAGUCCUAAAAUAUUGAAAUACGGUUUAGUCGGGGAGCGGAAUUAAAUGCAUGCCUUAAAAACAUUUUAAAUAUUCCACCGAAUGUUUUAUCUAAAAUUUUCUUCAAUCGAUCUCAACUUUACGAUUGGCUCUGCUCACCGAUUAUUGAGCUUUGGUUUUAAUUUCUUGACAAAUUACGAGACAAUAAACACAAGACUAUUUUGGAAUCAGUCUGAUAUGCUCCGCCACGCUGCUCCACUGGUUGUGACCAACCAGAGAGAAACGUACAAGACCCGAGUCAGUUUUGAAAAGUCAGUUGACUUUUGAUAAGUAUGUUUCAGAACUUGACGCGACCGGGAUCGAAUAGGGUUAUGACCUUUUUUUCCUUUUCUUUUUUAAAUAUGAGUCAAUUUGUAAUUCAUUUGAAAUUGAAGUCAAAGCUCCGUAUUACGCCCGACCCAAUGUAUCCGUACUUGUAAGACGCGUUAUGCCUAGUUAUUUAUACAUAUUGUUGAUCAUGUAACUAUAUUGUAUUCAUUAGUAAACUAUUACAUGCGAA